UCCUCACUUUUAUUCACAUCUCCGUUCCUAACAGCACCGAAAAAUUCCUUCAAAAUGGCGUCACGCUUCUUCGUUGCUCCUCUUUUCUUAUUCUGCUUUGUAGGACAUGCUUUUGGAGGCGUUUUAUUCUCUUCUCUUCCUCCAACUCUUCUCGUCCAGGCAUCACCCAAACAAGGCACAGUGUUGAACGCCGGUAAAGACGUCCUAACGGUUCAAUGGGGACUGAAUGGAACCCAGCAAGGAGGGUUGGACAGCAAGUACGAGAAGGUGAAGAUCACGCUGUGCUAUGCACCCAUCAGCCAAGAGGACCGGGCAUGGAGAAAGACCGUGGACGACUUGAGCAAGGAUAAAACCUGCCAAUUUGAAAUUGUGGUUAGGCCUUACUCCGGGAAUAAGAAAGAGGAGAGCUUUGAUUGGACGAUCGAGAGAGAUGUGCCCACUGCUACUUAUUUUGUCAGAGCCUACGCGCUGGACUCUGCUGGAAAGCAGGUGGCGUAUGGCCAGACUACUGAUAGCCACAAGACAACCAAUCUUUUUGGCAUCGAAGGAAUAACAGGCCGACAUGUGUCACUUGAUAUUGCCGCUGCUUGUUUUUCUGCUUUUUCAGUGGUCUCGCUUUUUGGAUUCUUCCUCGUAGAGAAGAGGAAGGCCAAGAAGACCACGGGCAAGUGAGAGAGGCGUCGUGUUUUGUGAGGAUUGGGAUUGCAGGUACUUAACGAUGGCAGAUUGCUACUAAAGAAGUGACAUGGCACCUGUUUGGUUGAUGGUUUUAUAUUGCAUUAGGUGGUAUGGUAUUCUAAAUUUCAUGUUUUAAACCCUCGGCAGUGUGAGGAAAACCCAUGAAGUGACAUUUCUUUUUUUGUUUU